AUGCACAUCCUUCUGUCCACCCACCCAGGCGACCUUCACGCCCUACAGCAAGUUCCGCAACGUCAGGCUGUGACACGUCUAUCUAUGCACCCCAAACCCAACAACCUACCCAGGCAUACCUCUCCUUUCAUCCGCCCAUGCCCAUCCUUCUGUCCACCCACACAGGCGACCUUCACGCCCUACAGCAAGUUCCGCAACGUCAGGCUGUCGUGGAAUCGGGGCGUGCUGACUCAGAUACUGACGGAGGAGCAGAGCGAGUGGGCGGCACGGCUCCGCGCCACCGGGUUGCGUCCACCGUAUGCCCUCGGCUGUAUCCUGCGCUUCCUGCUCAAACCUAAUGCAGAGGUUCGGCAGCUUCUGAGUGGCCUGGAGAGGGAGGUGCAUGCACCAGGCUUGGUAACUAUUGGCGUUCACAUCAGAUUCACUGAUGGGACAGUGUGGGAAGGCACUGGAGGACUGGUGGUUCCCCCCCCGCUUGAAGUGCGCUGGCUGGUUAUCACAAACUCGGUGCAUUUCAAGCUCGCCAUGCAUCAGCAGUAUCAAAAUAAGGUUGUCACAACCCCGUUCACUCCUCUCCACUCCAACAAGCUUAGUGACAAUGCCAUUAGCACAAAUGCCACCUCAGAGGUCAUCAGGAUACUCGCGAACUGCAGCAUACUUCUCCCUAAGACCCAGCAGCGUAUUUAG